AUUUUAUUUAUAUUUUAUUUUUCACCAUCAAAUUAGAUAAAUUAUCAAAAUAAAUUUUAAUUUGGAAAACCAAAAGUACUCAAAAACUCCUUUGUUAUUGUUCUCUCUAGCUCUCUCUGUUUUUUUAAAGCAAAAGGAGGGUUUGAAAAGGGGGAAAAAAGGCUGUGCAGAAAGGAAAUUAGCUUUGGUAGAUUGGGCAAGAAAAUUUUUCUGAGAAAUGGGCACAAACUUUGUUAGUAUGAGGGUUUUGUUAACCACUGCAUCUGCAUCCACUACCUCUCUUUUUUAUUCUUCCUCCUUAGAUUUUCCCCCCAAAUCCCUUAAAAUAGGAAAUCCAAUUCUCAACCAUACACGUCCUGCUGCUGGAAAAAGGAGGAACCCAUCUCUCUACACGUGGCUUUGUGGACAUAUGAGAAGAGAUCAAGAAGUAGAUUAUUUCAAAGCGGAAGAUGAGAAUAUGGUGUCCAUGUUUGGCCCCAGUGAAGAUACUGGCACCAAAAUUCCAACGCAAGCACAAUCUAUUGUGGAAGGUUCAAACACAGUUGUGGUGUCAGAAUAUAAGCCUGUUCCUGAUGUAGACUAUCUACAGGAGUUAUUGGCCAUUCAACAACAAGGGCCUAGAAACAUUGGCUUUUUUGGAACACGGAAUAUGGGAUUCCUACAUCAAGAACUCAUUGAGAUCCUUAGUUAUGCUCUGGUUAUAACAAAAAAUCACAUUUUUACAUCAGGUGCAUCAGGGACUAAUGCUGCCGUUAUCAGAGGUGCUUUAAGAGCAGAAAAACCUGAGCUGCUUACAGUAAUCUUACCUCAAAGUUUGAAAAAGCAACCACCUGAGAGCCAGGAGUUAUUGGCAAAAGUACAGAAUGUAAUAGAGAAGCCUUAUAAUGAUCAUCUACCACUCAUUGAAGCCAGCUGUGUAAUAUGGACAUCAUUUCACAUGUACAGCAAGUUAUUUGCUUUGCCUUCCAUGAUAGCAAGUUGCUCAUGGAAACUUGUCAAGAAGCGAAAAACCUCCGGAAAAUUGUGACUCUCUUUUACCUGGACUGAAGCAAUCAGUUUAUUUGUGUAUAUGAUGAUUAGAGAGAGAGGGACAAACAGAUUUUGCUUAUUCUUUUGUUUGUAAAUUAUAAGAUGAAUUGGGAUAAGUUGCUUUGCAUAGCAAAUUGCAACAGUGGUAAAGGGAGCCAAUUUGCUCCACUUCAUUGGAGAGAUUAACAAAUAGGUUCUUAUUCACAA